AUUCCUGCAGCUCACUCGGUACAGUGUGUUUUGAUGUGUGUGUGUGUGUUAUGUGUGUUUAGUACGCUUGUUUCAGUUCAUUUGGCGCUAAGCACGCGAUCAGAGGAACUUGAGUGACAGUAUGAAUGACGAGUAUCCGAUCCGACUCUGAUGCUGGGAACUAAACUGCUGUCUUUAAUCAUUAAAAUGCGCUGUAAUGAGACGAAACUGCUGUCGAAGAACUGAAGAUGCGAUUCAACGAGAAAGAGCUGGUGUUCCUGAGCCGCCAGCCGUCAGAGAGAGCGGCCGAGCUGGGCAUGAAAGGCCCGAAGAAAGGAGACGUUGUGAAGAGGCGUGUAGUGAAGCUGAUCGUUAAUUUCCUGUUUUACUUUCGGAUCGAUGAGGAUGAGCCCAUCGGUGCUCUUCUGCUGGAACAGUGUCGCGUGGAGAGAGAAGACGAUCAGGUUUUCUCCAUCGUGUUUCUGGACGAAGCCGAGAGGAAGUAUCUGUUCGAAUGUGAUUCUCAGGAGCAGUGUGUGGAGUGGAUCGAUGCCAUCGUUAAAGCCAGUUAUGAAUCCAUGCGUAAGAACCUGAUCUACUAUCGCACGGAAAUCCAUCGGCUGACCGGCAAGGACCCGCUGGAGCAGUAUGGGAUAUCAGACGAAACACGUUUUCAGGUCAACAGUGGUCUUCCUCCAGCGGACACAUAAACUGUUUGGGGUUUCUGCUUGUGUUUUUCUUCUUUUACAGUCUGCCUGCAUCCAUCACUGUACGUUCUGACCUGAGUUAUGGGAGAAAUGCGUAAUAUCACUGUAAUGAAUGUAUGCUGAGUUUGAGCCAAUUGCAAUUAAAGUUUCUUCCUAAAAUCAAGGUCAUUGUUAAUGAGGGCAAGCUGAA